AUGGCUAAGCGGAAGAGAGAACAAUCUUCCAAAGAUACUCAAGCUUCUGCGAAGCCGGCGAAAGUUGUCAAACCAUCCACAGCUCAGAAUGUGGUCUCGUCUGAUGCGGCCAGUCCUGCGGUCACUUUGCAGAUAGUCACUGGCUCUUAUGAGCGGGUGCUACAUGGCUUUACUGCUGCUGUUUCUCUGGCCUGCUUCAACUCUACGGAUUCUGAUGAAGCUGAAACCGACAAAAAUCUAGUUCAAUUCGUUGAUACUUUCCUGUUCGAAGCUCAUGCGUCUGCUAUCCGUUGCCUUGCUUUGUCUCCGGUGCCAAAGAAAGAUUCUACCGAACCACCCAAAGUCAUCUUGGCCAGUGGAGGCACGGAUGAGCGAAUCAAUCUCUACUCGCUGUCUGCCGCUCCUCCAACGGUGAAUGAGCAUUAUCCAACUGUUCCGACCCUUGCUGGAAAUAAAGUCCUCGAGAACCCGAAAAACCGAGAACUUGGCUCUCUUCUUCACCAUAGUGCUUAUAUCUCCGCGUUGCAUUUUCCUUCACGCUCCAAGUUAUUGGCUGCUGCGGAGGAUAAUACCAUUUCUGUCACGAAGACUCGCGACUGGACAGUUGUCUCUACUAUCAAGGCCCCGCGUCCCAAACUCCAGGGGAGACCAAGUGGUGACACUGCGCCGCCCGGAGGCGCUCCCUCGGGAGUCAACGAUUUCGCAGUGCAUCCCAGUAUGAAGCUCAUGCUCUCUGUUGGUAGAGGAGAAAAAUGCAUGAGACUUUGGAAUUUGGUGACAGGAAAGAAGGCUGGGGUGUUGAACUUUAGCAAGGAAAUCCUGCAGAGUGUGAAGGAAGGUCGCUGGAGCACUGGCGAAGGCAGAAAGAUUGAAUGGAACUCAAAGGGUGAAGAGUUCGCAGUUGCAUUUGAAUGGGGAGCCGUCGUCUUUGGAAUAGAUUCGACACCCGUUUGCAGGGUGCUACCAAGUCCACGAAGCAAGGUGCAUCAGAUGAAAUACGUCGCCCUUGAUCCCUCUGCGGAAGACGGCGAGGAGCUGCUUGCUGUCUCCACAGAGGAUGGCAGAAUCAUAUUCUACUCAACUAAGAAGUUGCAGAAGGCUGCAGAUGACGACGAAUCUCCAAUUCCUUACGCUGAAGCUGUUGCUGAGCUCGGUGGCAGGGCAUCUGGCUUUCCUGGCAGAGUCAAAGAUUUCGAGAUCUUGAAUGUGGGAGAGGAGUCCACCGCACAGAAGGGCGAUCUUCUUGUGGUUACCGGGAACAGCGAGGGUCUUGUGCGCGUAUGGAUGCUGCGCGCGAAUAGUCUCAUUCGUAAUACGAAGGAGAAGCCGAAGCCGGGGGCUUCUGAUGACAAGAGCCAAGGAUCAAGGAAUCUGCAGGUUGGAAAACUCUUGAACGUCUAUGAGACAGGGAAUAGGAUAACCUGCCUCAGGGCCUUCGUCAUGCUACCUCCAGACCCAACGCUUGAUGAUUUUGAAGAGAGCUCGGAAAACGACAUUGAGGAGGACGAAGAAGAGGAGUCCUCCGGCGAAGGGAGUGACGAAGAAUGA